GGGCAAAAGUAACUAGAAUAUAACCUAGAAGUUCCGAAAAAUCGGAUUUAAACCCGAAAAUACAUGAUUUCCAGCGAAAAGGUGAACAAAUCCAGACGAUUGCAUGAAAAUCUGUUGGUCCUGAGUGGUUCAUAGGCGGAAACAUUGAUCGGCGAACUUAACCUCAAACGUCAUGACCACACUUUGUGUAACUACAGUAAUUAAGUCCUUUUUAAGGCCAAACUCGAAGCUACUUAGUUCAAAACCCACGUUUAUUUUUUCCAAAAACUUGCAAUACCGGGGUUUGAGUAACAGUUCGCGCCCCAAACCCAAGCAAAAGGAGGCCGCCAAGGGCAUAGGCCCCAUCUCAUGGCGCAACUUAGCAAUAACGGGGGUUCUAGGGGGCGGUUUACUUGCAUUUAUGUACUACCUUAAGAAAGAGAAAGAGGAUGCAUUAAUGAGGGAGAGGAAACGAAUGCUGGGUAAGGCCAAAAUUGGGGGCUACUUCGAACUAGUGGACUCUGAGGGUAAGACGCGCAAAAGCGACGAUUUUCUGGGGCAGUGGAUGUUAAUCUACUUUGGUUUCACACACUGUCCUGAUAUUUGCCCCGACGAGUUGGAAAAAAUGGCGGCUGUAAUUAACGACUUAGAUUCCACAAAGGAUGUGCCGCGAGUCCAACCGAUAUUUAUUUCGGUUGACCCCCAAAGAGACUCUCCUGCCGUGGUCGGCAAGUACUGUGCGGAGUUCAGCCCCCGACUUUUGGGACUCACGGGGACAGUGGAACAGGUGGCAAGGGCGUGCAAGGCCUACCGUGUUUACUUCAGUGCGGGCCCCAAAGACAAAGACAGUGACUAUAUUGUCGACCACACGAUUAUAAUGUAUCUGGUGGACCCUGACGGCCAAUUCGUGGACUACUACGGGCAGAACAAGAGCGCAAUAGAAAUUGCGGCCUCCAUCAAAGUGAAUAUGUUAAAAUAUGCACAAAUGAAUGUUAAAAGCUGGUUCUAAUGUCACCUUAUAGAGGAUUUCCUCUGAACUUGUAUUACGAUUUUUAGCGCAAACAAAUUAUAGAUUUAGAACGA